AUGGCAUCACCUGCGCUUGGAUUCAUUGGUUUGGGUGUCAUGGGGUAUCCCAUGGCCGUGAACUUGCUGAAGAAACUUGAAACGAGAACUAAACUGCAUGUGUACGACGUGUCUAGCCAAGUUCUGGACAAUUUCGAACAAGAAGCUCCCAACUUGGUCUCCAUUUGCUCAAGUGCGCGUGAAGUUACAGAAAGAUCUGAUGUUGUUUUCACGAUUGUCCCGGAAGGAAAACACGUACGGGCCGUUUACCUUGACGAAGCUGACGGAGUGCUAUCUGUGGAAAUUGAUAACAAGAUACUGGUUGACUGUUCCACAAUCGAUACAACGACAUCAAUCGAUGUCCAUGAGGCUAUUUCGAAGAAAUCCGCCACUGCAUCCUUCUAUGACGCCCCCGUCUCUGGAGGCUCUCUAGGGGCAGCCGCUGCAACUUUGACAUUUAUGCUAGGUUGCAAUUAUGACGAUCCAAAUCUGCCGCUAUUGAAAGGGCUGCUAGGAGCCAUGGGGUCGUCUAUUUUCCCCUGUGGUGGAUUCUCCCUCGGCUUGACGGCGAAACUAUGCAAUAAUUACUGUUCCGGCCUCAUUGCCAUUGCCACAGCAGAGGCGUUCAAUAUCGGUAUAAAGUCGGGGAUGGACCCGUUGAUGCUAGCUAGAGUUUUCACGACAAGCACGGCCCAGAGUACUAUCAACGACAAGUGGAAUCCGGUGCCAGGAGUAUGCCCAAACUCUCCGGCUAGCAAGGACUAUCAGGGUGGGUUCAAGGUGCCGUUAAUGAAAAAGGAUUUCAACCUUGCCGUGGAGAUGGCGAAAAGGGUUGGUGCUCAGGUGCGUCUUGGAGAGUCUGGGCUGGCCGUCUAUGAGGAGUCGAGCGAGGAUGCGGAAUGUCGAGAUCGAGAUUCCCGAGUGGUAUUUCGUUAUAUUGGUGGCGACGAGGACUGGAAGGAGAAACUAGGGUUAUAA